AGCCUAUGAGCCCCACUCAAAGCGAGAGAACCACACACAAGGAGCGGGAUGGCGAGGAUCCCAGCGCUGCACAUCCGCAUCCUUCUCCUGGGUUUCUCCCUGACUGGGUGCCUAACGCUCCGGGCGAGCAAAGGUGAGACGUCGCCCGACGAGGAGCGGAACCGGGAGAGCGACGCGGAGGCGCCGUGUGAGGUGAAAACCGUUACCGUGUCUACCCUGCCCGUGCUCCGGGAGAACGAGUUCAGCUUCACCGGCGGAGCCUCCGGGAGCGUGGUCGGAGGAGGAGGGAGCGCUGCUGCCGGAGCAGGUGGAGGAGGAACCGGAGGAGGAGGUGGAGCAGCAGGAGGAGGAGGAGGGGGUGAAUCCCGGCUGCUGUUAUUCGUCCGAACAGACCUACCUGGCCGAAUCUCUGUAAUGGAUGAUCUGGACAACACAGCUCUUCCCUAUUUCACACUCGAGAUGUCAGGUACAGGAGAGGAGAUUUCUCAGGUGCACUGGAAGCAGCAGUGGUUGGAAAAUGGGACACUGUACUUCCAUGUGUCCAUGACCGAGCCUGAACUCUUGGCAGAGACGACACAGCCGACAGCUCGGGAGCCAGCUCAUGCUUUGCAUGAACACAUGCACCUUCUUCACAUAUCAGUUAUGGGGGGACUCAUUGCCCUACUGCUACUUAUUCUCCUCUUUACCCUUGUCCUUUACACUCGUCACCGAUGGUGCAAGCGUCGCCGGAUCCCCCAAAAAAGCGCCAGUACAGAAGCUACCCAUGAGAUCCACUACAUUCCCUCCGUCCUACUCGGUCCGCAGGGCCGUGACAGCUACAGAGGCUCCCGGGGCUCUCACCAGCAUGGCAGCUCUGUUAUUGGAAUGCCCAUUCGUGAGACUCCCAUUCUUGAUGAUUAUGAUUGCGAUGAGGAGGACGGAGUUGGACACUCACUCAACUCCACACCAAACCAGCUCCAUAACAAGUUCAACGACGGGAAGAUUAUGGGUGAAUACGGAGUAAAUGUUAGCACGGGAGGACAUGCAGACAUAAUGUACAAGGAUGACGACAUCAAACAUAAUUUUGAUAACACAGCUAUUGAAGCAAACACAGACUCGAUAGAGGACUUGAUGCAGAGGUUUCAAGACAGCUUUCGUGUUCCCAACACCCCAACCAACAUGCCUCAUUACCAGCACGCCGUGCACAGCUCAUCCACGGGCCGACGGAGGGUCUCCAGCCACACUAGAGUGACUGGAGGUGUAUACGGUCCCCAAGGGGAAUCAAGUUCAGAGCCUGAAGAUGACAAUCAAAUGAAGUUUUACACAGAACAGAAUAGAGGACGGAGGCGCAGCAAAGGCCACUCGCAAAGUCCUUUGAAUAAGGUCACCCUGACACUGAUUACCAUCAGCACAUGUGUCAUUGCCAUUGUCUAUGCUACACAGGACUCCUGCCCCCUCACCGUCAAGGUUACUCUUCAUGUGCCAGAGCAUUUUGUUGCAGAUGGAAGCAGUUUUGUGGUAAGCAUGGGCAGCUUCUUGGAUGUCUCCAAUUGGCUAAAUCCAGCUAAGCUAACGCUUUACUAUCAGACCAAUUCAACAACGCAGUGGGUCCAUGACUACUGCGGCCAAAGGACAACUGAGCCCUGCGAACAGAUUUGUGACCAGGACACAGGAGAAUGUAGCUGUCAUGAGGGUUAUUCUCCUGACCCUGACCAUAAACACCUUUGUGUUCGCAGUGACUGGAGUCGCAAUGAAGGUCCUUGGCCAUAUGCUAACUUGGAGAAAGGGUAUGAUCUAGUCACAGGAGAGCAGGCCCCAGAGAGAAUCUUCAGAUCUUUCUACAGUUUGGGCCAAGGGUUGUGGCUUCCCGUCAGCAAAAGCUUUGUGGUGCCACCAGUGGAACUGUCAAUCAACCCCAUCGCCAGCUGUAAGACAGAUGUUCUGGUUACUGAAGAUCCAGGAGAGGUCAGGGAAGAGGCCUUGAUGUCCACAUAUUUUGAGUCAGUACAGGACCUGUUGGCAUCUUUUGGACCUGUGCGUGAUUGCUCUAAAGACAAUGGUGGCUGCAAAAAAAAUUUCAAGUGUGUGUCUGAUCGACAGAUGGACUCCUCCGGAUGUAUGUGUCCUGAGGGGCUAAGGCCAAUGAAGGAUGGCUCGGGUUGCUAUGACUACUCCAGAGGCAUUGACUGCACGGAUGGCUUCAAUGGAGGCUGUGAACAGCUGUGCCUCCAGCAGCUUGUACCACUUGAAGAUGACCCUACUUCCAACAAUGUUCUUAUGUUUUGCGGGUGCGUGCAGGAGUACAAGCUGGCAGGAGAUGGGCGCUCCUGCCUCCUGCAGUCAGAGAACUGUGAGGGACCAAAAUGCCCGAGGCAGGAUGUCCACUUCAAUGACACUCUCUUUGGUGAGAUGCUGCAUGGAUACAACAACAAAACGCAGCAAGUCAACUUGGGACAGAUAUUCCAAAUGACCUUCCGGGACAACAACUACAUAAAGGACUUUCCACAACUAGCCGAUGGUCUAAUGGUGAUCCCCCUGCCAGUCGAGGAACAGUGUCGGGGAAUUUUGUCUGAACCAUUGCCCAAUCUACAACUUCUAUCAGGGGAUGCCCAGUUCAGUGAAGCGGUAGGCUAUCCUAUGGUUCAACAGUGGAGGGUGCGCAGCAAUCUGUACAAAGUCAAACUCAGCUCUAUAACCUUAUCCACAGAAUUUUCUAAGGUGCUCAAGACGCUGUCGGGCGACAGCACACGUGAGGAGCUUCUUGCUUUCCUCCAGCUGUAUGGCAGCCAUUAUGUGUCUGAGGCCCUGUAUGGCUCUGAACUUAGCUGCAACAUCUACUUUCCCAGCAAGAAGGCCCAGCAGCAGCUCUGGUUGCAGUACCAGAAAGAGGCGACAGACCAAGGAGUUGUUGGAGGAGGGAGAAGGGAGCUUAAGUCAGUCCCCUUUAUCAGCUACCUGCUAGCUUUGCAGAAGAGCCAGCUGUUGUCUGACGACCUGGUGAAUGGUGUAGAGAUCCGUUGUGAAGAAAAAGGCAGCUGUCCCUCUGGCUGCCACCUGUGCCAUCACCAGGGUAUGAUGGGUGGACGGUCGGGAAGAAGUCGCAACAGUAAUAGUAGGAGGGAUGAGCAACCUUCUCCCAUCCCUGUCCUUCUUGAAGUGAGCAGGGUUGUGCCACUCUACAGCCUGAUCCAAGACAACAUCACCAAAGAGGCCUUCAAGAGCGCUACAAUGAGCUCAUACUGGUGUGCUGGAAAGGGCGAUGUCAUUGAUAACUGGUGUCGCUGUGACCUGAGUGCCUUCAGCAAAGACGGCCUACCUAACUGCAGUCCCCUCAGGCAGCCCAUUCUGCGUCUAGCCCCUUACAUGGAGCCCUCAAGCACAACAGUAGCCCUGGAGUGGAUGGAUGUGGAGCCUCUGAUUGGCUGCAAAGUAUCUGACUACAUCAUUCAACAUAAACGCAUAGAGGAUCCUUCAGAAGCAGAAAUCUACACAGGUGAGGUUCUGAGCUUGAUGGAUGACCUGUUCUCUGGUUUGACCUCAUCUUGUGUGGUUGCUGGGAAAAGGAUUGGAGACCAUCCCCAGUCUGUGGUGUAUUCAGUUGUCUUCAAGUGCCUGGAACCUGACAGCCUCUACAAGUUUACGCUUCUUGCAGUGGAUAAUCGGGGCAGUCACACUGAGUCAAGCUUUGUCUCUGUACGCACAUCGUGCCCAGUUGUGGAUGACAGUCGAGCUGAAGAAAUAGCUGACAGGGUGUACAACUUGUACAACGGCUACACCAGUGGAAAAGAACAGCAGAUGGCCUACAAUAUGUUGAUGGAGAUCCCCCCUCCGCUGCUCUAUAGAGUCCAGCACCACUACAAUUCCCAUUAUGAGAAGUUUGGGGACUUUGUCUGGCGUAGUGAGGAUGAGCUGGGUCCCAGAAAAGCAAACCUGGUACUUCGUAGGGUGGAGACGAUCAGCGUCUUCUGCAGAUCCCUUCUUCGCAGUACUCACAUUCAGAGUCGCACUGACACACUGGCAUAUAUCUACUGCCGGAGUGAAGAGGGGGGACCUCCAAACAACGUAUGGCAUGGUUCCUUACAUGACAGGCGUGCGUUGUGCAUGGAAAAGCUUCUUUCUUUACAGCGUAACACUUACAGUAACACCAAACUCCGGUGAGAAAGAAAUGAAGAGAUGAGCACACAUCUUUUUUCUGCAUAAGGACGUCGUUGAUUGUUUGACCUCAUGGGUAUGCUUUGCAGCAACUGUCUCUCACAUGACUGGUGCAUUUAAAUACAUCAGGAGAGUCCUAAAAAAACUCAGAAUUCACUGGUGGUCUCGUUAAACCUACCAAAAACUUAUUUUUGUCUGGCGUACUUUUAUAAGAAGUCAGAAAUUAAGGAAAAGGCAAUGGAGGGGACAUGCUUUUUAGCUAAAGAAUGCCAGUGAAUCUGCAGAACAAUGGAAAACUGCUGGAUACACAUGUAAAAUUGAAAGUAAUUUAAAAGCAUAAAAAAAAGGUUGGCGUAAACCCUUGAAUGUAAGAGCAUAGUUCAUUUUUGGUGCUUACCUUGGACACUGAAAAACAAAAUAUAUAAUGAUUCUGUAACUUAUUUGCCUUUGUUACUUUCAUUAAAAAGGAAAAGCUGACUUGUAUGAAAGCCAUGUAAAAUAUUUAUUUUUUUUAUUUCACAUUAAGAAUCAUGAUGAUUUGCAGGAGGAAUUCACAAUCGUGUGAGUAUGCAGAUAUUUAUUAUUAAACUUUAAUAGAUUAUUUUAGGCUUGCAGUUGAACAUUUUGAAGCAGGAGAAAAUUAUGCAUAGAAAGGUUAUUGGUAUAAAAACAAAGACAUUCUGAGAUUGUUAUAUUAGAUUAUAUUAUAGGAACAACAUUGUCAUUUUUUUAUUUCAAACCACAUGUUUUUAGAUAGUGACUGUGUCAGAGGAUCUUCAUCAAGAUUUUUGUUAUGAUAAUGAUCACAAAUCUCCAUAUACAGUUUCCAUCAGAUGCAGGUAAUUAUUACUCAACAUUAAUACAAUAAAGCUACUGAAGUCUUAUGUAUGUAACUGAAGCUUCAGUAGUUUGAAGUGCUUGAACUGAUUAACUACCCUCCUCUUGGUAGCCACCGCUUCUGCCAUGCUGUGCCUAUAAGAGGAUAACCUGAGGUGUGUGUAGAAAUACCUAAUGCUUU